AGCGCAACCCGGAUGUGUCUAGCAGUAGGGAGGCGGAGCGCCCGUUGUCAACACCCAGACCUGUGUGUGGUACACCAGCAGGUGUGUAUGGUACACCAGCAGGCCCAAUGACGAUAUACAGCUUAUAUAUUUUGAGCAAGUCGGGUGGACUUAUAUACCAGCAUGACCACAAUAUUCCAGUUGUAGAGAAUGAAAAGACCUUCAGCUAUCCUUUAGAGGUCAAACUUGAUGUCCAGAACAGGAGUAUCAUUGUGUCCUAUGGCCAGCGCGAUGGUAUUAAAGUGGGUCAUACACUUGUGGCUGUGAAUGGGAUGAAAGUUACCGGCCAGCAGUUAGAUGAUGGUCGAGAUGCCAUGGCUGUUCUGGCAGAUGAAACCAAUUACCCCAUUAACCUCAAGUUUGCAAGACCCAAACUCACAACAAAUGAGAAGAUCUUUCAGGCCUCAAUGUUUUAUCCUCUUUAUGCUCUGGCAUGUCAGUUGAGUCCAGAGCAGAGAAGCUCGGGUAUAGAGAUCCUUGAAGCAGACAACUUCCGAAUGAAUUGUUUUCAGACUCUCACAGGAGUUAAGUUCAUGGUGAUAUCUGACAACAAACAGACCGGGAUUGAUGGCCUCCUUCACCGUGUGUACGAGAUCUACUCGGAUUAUGCCCUCAAGAACCCAUUCUACUCUUUAGAAAUGCCCAUUAGAUGUGAACUUUUUGACGAGUAUUUAAAAAGUGCACUGGAACAAGCUGAAAAACUGGGCAUAAGUAACAUAUGAAUGAUGCAGGUUGUACUUUGUUAUCUCGGCAAGAUUGGAUAUAAUUACAUGUCACUUCUUUUAUGAGGUUAUGUGAAAGGAAAUAAUGUUAAAAUACUUAUUUUAGUAUGUAUAAUACAAUACAUAUACUGUAUAUAUUUGUUUGUGAGAGAGAAUGAGAAUGCAUGGUGUGUCAAAAUGAAUAUUAAUAAAAUUACAAAAUUUGACAUAAAAAAA